AUGUCUAAAGCUGUUGGUAUCGAUUUAGGUACAACAUAUUCUUGUGUCGCACAUUUUGCCAAUGACCGUGUGGAAAUUAUUGCAAACGAUCAAGGUAAUAGAACAACACCUUCAUAUGUGGCAUUCACCGACACCGAGAGAUUGAUUGGUGAUGCUGCAAAGAAUCAAGCUGCUAUCAAUCCUCAAAACACAGUGUUUGAUGCUAAAAGAUUAAUUGGUAGAAAAUUCGAUGAUCCAGAAGUGGUCAAUGAUGCCAAACAUUACCCAUUCAAGGUGGUUAAUAAAGAUGGUAAACCUGCUGUACAAGUGGAAUUCAAGGGUGAAACUAAGGUUUUCACACCAGAAGAAAUCUCUUCUAUGGUUUUGACAAAGAUGAAAGAAACUGCUGAAAACUUCUUAGGUACUCAGGUUAAAGAUGCUGUUGUUACAGUUCCAGCCUAUUUCAAUGAUUCUCAAAGACAGGCUACUAAAGAUGCUGGCACUAUUGCAGGGUUAAACGUUUUGAGAAUUAUUAAUGAACCAACUGCUGCUGCUAUUGCUUAUGGGUUGGAUAAGAAGGGUAAAGCAGAACAUAACGUUUUAAUUUUCGACCUGGGUGGUGGUACCUUUGAUGUUUCUUUGUUAUCAAUUGAUGAUGGUGUCUUUGAAGUUAAAGCAACUGCAGGUGAUACUCAUUUAGGUGGUGAAGAUUUUGAUAAUAGAUUGGUUAAUCAUUUGGCUGAGGAGUUUAAGAGAAAGAAUAAAAAAGAUAUUACACAGAAUCAAAGAUCUUUAAGAAGAUUGAGAACUGCUGCAGAAAGGGCUAAGAGAGCAUUGUCCUCUUCUGCUCAAACCUCUAUUGAAAUCGAUUCAUUGUUUGAGGGUAUUGAUUUCUAUACAUCUAUCACUAGAGCUAGAUUCGAAGAGUUAUGCGCUGAUUUAUUUAGAUCUACAUUAGAACCGGUUGAAAAGGUGUUGAGAGAUUCUAAAUUAGAUAAAUCACAGAUAGAUGAAAUUGUUUUGGUUGGUGGUUCUACAAGAAUUCCAAAAGUUCAAAAAUUGGUCUCUGAUUUCUUUAAUGGCAAAGAACCAAACAGAUCUAUCAACCCAGAUGAGGCAGUUGCUUAUGGUGCUGCUGUACAGGCUGCUAUUUUGACCGGUGAUACAUCUAGUAAGACCCAAGAUUUAUUAUUGCUAGAUGUAGCCCCAUUAUCAUUAGGUAUUGAGACAGCAGGUGGUAUAAUGACAAAAUUAAUUCCAAGAAAUUCUACUAUUCCAACAAAGAAAUCAGAAAUUUUCUCCACAUAUGCUGAUAAUCAGCCAGGUGUCUUGAUUCAAGUCUUUGAAGGUGAGAGGACAAGAACUAAAGAUAAUAAUUUGUUAGGUAAGUUUGAAUUAUCUGGUAUUCCACCAGCACCAAGAGGUGUUCCACAGAUUGAAGUGACUUUCGAUAUUGAUGCUAAUGGUAUUCUAAAUGUCUCUGCACUAGAAAAGGGUACUGGUAAGUCUAACAAAAUCACUAUUACAAAUGAUAAGGGUAGAUUGUCAAAAGAAGAUAUUGAGAGAAUGGUGGCAGAAGCAGAGAAGUUCAAAGCUGAGGAUGAAAAGGAGGCAGAACGUGUCCAAGCUAAGAAUCAAUUAGAAUCAUACGCAUUUUCCCUAAAGAACACAGUCAAUGAAAACAAUUUCAAAGAAAAAGUGGGUGAAGAUGAUUCCAAGAAAUUGGAGACUGCAGCGCAAGAAACGAUUGACUGGUUAGAUGCUUCACAAGCAGCUUCUACGGAGGAAUAUAAGGAUAAGCAAAAAGAAUUGGAAGUAAUUGCCAAUCCAAUAAUGUCCAAAUUUUACGGGGGCACUGGUCCAAUGCCUGGUGCUGGCCCAAUGCCUGGUGCUGGUUCUGGGCCAGCUGGUGAAUCAGGACCAACUGUGGAAGAAGUUGAUUAA